AUGGCGGUCCCGUUUCCUGCGACGCCACGCACGAGGACGUCCUUCGCAACACCAUCCACGCCUCAUGGAGUUUCCGCGACACCAGCUGGUGCUCGUGUGGCUACUGCUAAUUCUGUUCAGUCUUCCCCGCACUAUCAAACAACUCGCAGGCACUCUCUGUACGGAACAGAAGACCGCAUAGUUAUUGAUCCUGGGUCAUACAUCUGGAAGGUUGGGUUCAGCGGAGAGGGUCGUCCUCGGGACGUCUUUCAUGUCGACCGACUAUGGACACUUGACAGGGCGACGGACGUUGCAGAGCGCGAGGAAGAGGAUAGGGAACUCGAAGCGCGGUUGCAAGAACGCUUGAGGAGCGUGUUUCACGAUUCGUUGUUAACGGAUCCGAAGUCACGGAAAGUCAUAUUACUUGAACAUCCUCUGCUUCCAGUAUACAUCAAAGAGAUGCUGGCCCGGAUACUGUUCAACAACCUCCAGAUCCCAUCAAUAUCUUUUGCCUCCACCCCCUUGCUCGCUCUUCUCUCUGUGGGGCGUAUAACUGGUCUCGUAAUAGAUUGCGGCCAGUUGGAGUCAACAGUACUUCCCAUCUUUUCCUCCCGUCCUCUAUUCCCUCAAUUACGGACCACCCCACUCGCCGGCGCACAACUCUCAUAUCAUCUUCGUGCUCUGCUCCUUCUUUUCGGUACCUAUGUUCCACCCCCAGCUACCCUCAGUGCAGCCGCCAACAUACCCAUUGCUGCCCGCUCGUCUCGCGUCCCUCAAGAAAUCCUUACCGAUGCGGUCAUCGAGCACAUCAAAACGCGAUGCUGCUUUGUCGGUCCACCCAUGGAUACCUCGGUGGACGGCAGGCUCAUAUCGCCCUCGGGAGGCGAUGAUGCAAUGGAUCUCGAUCUUCCACCCAGUGACGGCCCUUCCGAGUCCGACUUUUCGAGAGUUGGGUCGGCUGAUUUCGAGGAUGUUAGUCAAAUCGGCUCGUCAGGCUUUUCUGUCGUGUCACGAAGCCAGAUCCCACCGGACAGGUCAAACCGGGGCGAAAGUCACCUACAGGCCAUGGCAAACCUCUACAAGAGACAAUCGACGGCUACAGACCUUCACCUGAAGGUCGUACCUCCAGUAGCCCAACAGACGGGAACAGGACGGGGAACAUUGAUCAUCCCUGGCUGGAUCAGAGAACGGUGCGCGGAGGUGCUUUUUGAAGGAAGUGAUGUCGAUGAGAGCAGCGUGGCGGAGACCAUUCUUGAUGCUUUACUCAAGGUCCCAGUCGACCUGCGCAAAACCCUCGCCUCUUCGAUCCUCGUGAUUGGUGGCACAGCCAUGCUCCCAGGCUUCAUCCCUCGUCUACACGCUGAACUUCUACGAGCCAUUGCCUCAUCGCCCUCCAACAAUAUCCGACCUCCCAUGCGCCCAGACAGACCGCGUCCACCAGUAUACGACCGUUAUGCACCUUUGCGGCCUCUGGUCCCCAACCUGGCGAUAUUGAACAAUCCAGCUCCACCUGCUGUGCCGACGGGUGCAAAAGGCAGCGGAAACGCAGGGAAAGCUCCCGCUUUCACUCCGGCUUGUAUGGCGUGGGUUGGAGGCUCACUCGCUGGUGCAAUGAAGAUAGGAGGCACUGAGGUCCCUCGAGAGAAGUGGGACGAGGCAGAUCAUGACGCCCAACAGGCAACUUCGCAGGGAGACAGUACCAGUCGGACAGCAAGAGGUGCAGCGAGAAGCGUAAUUCCUGAUUGGACAAGAACAAUGCUGCCAGAAGGGGCGCCGCCUGCGCGGACUCCCAUUCCGGUUCAGCAUAACGUAGUUCAGGCAGGGGCGGUCGCCGCCGUAGGUGCUUGA